AUGUUCGUGGAAGCCGUGGAGAAGACGCGGCCUUUCCGGAUGGCAGCGAUUGAAGAGGAGCCUGCGGUUCCGCCACAGCAGCUGGAUAUCGCGCACGGCCUGGAAAACCUGCCUGUGAGCGCGUGGCCGCCGGGGGCCGGGCCCGGGCCCUUCCAGCUUAGAGAUAUAGGAUCGGAAGCAAAGUAUGCCAAGCCUGUUUUUGAAUGCAAUGUCCUGUGCCAGUGUGGUGACCACUGCAGAAACAGAGUGGUCCAGAGGGGUCUGCAGUUCCACCUCCAAGUGUUCAAGACAGAUAAAAAAGGUUGGGGACUUCGUACCUUGGAAUUUAUACCAAAAGGAAGAUUUGUCUGUGAAUAUGCUGGCGAGGUUUUAGGAUUCUCUGAAGUACAGAGAAGAAUUCACUUACAAACAAUAUAUGACUCAAAUUACAUAAUAGCCAUCAGGGAACAUGUUUAUAAUGGGCAGAUAAUGGAAACUUUUGUUGACCCUACCUAUUUAGGAAAUAUUGGAAGAUUCCUUAAUCAUUCUUGUGAGCCAAACCUACUGAUGAUUCCUGUCCGGAUUGACUCAAUGGUACCUAGGUUGGCACUCUUUGCAGCCAAAGACAUUUUGCCAGAAGAGGAACUCUCUUAUGACUAUUCAGGAAGAUUUCUUAAUCUAAUGGACAGUGAAGACAAAGAAAGGCUGGAUAAUGGAAAACUAAGAAAACCUUGUUACUGUGGUGCCAAAUCGUGUACUGCUUUCCUACCUUAUGACAGUUCGCUGUACUGCCCCUUAGAAAAGCCAAACAUCAAUUAG